UUGAUACUGAUUAAUUUCUAAGCUACUAGGAUAUUCGAAUAAUUCAUUGAUAAUCAACAUCAGCUGAGGAUGAAACUAACUCAGAGUCAUGCGGUAUCUUGCUCCUCAAAAGAAUACCUCAAUGGACAACACAGAAAUUGGGAAAUAUUGUCAUGCUUGGAAUGGCGCAUGACAGGAGUUUAGGACGUACUUGCCAUUCUUUAUUACCUACAGAACAGAUGGAGGGGGUCCAAGGUUUAAAUAUGGACGAUUUUAUGUGCAGUGGUUGGUUUUGCUACGUACCUGCCGGCCGGUGACUGCCAGAAAUUUCCUUUGAAACGUUUGCCUUUUCUUUUCAAUGGGGCAAUCACUCUCAAGUCUUACGGGCGGUGCGUGCCAUUGACAAAUAACAACCUACUUUAUCUCAUCAUCCCUAACGAUAAUUGCUGGUAAUGUUAUGAAAGAUUCUCUUCUGCUUUAGUUUUAUUUACUGUGUUCGUGUUUCGCAUGAUUCCAAUUAUAUGAGUUCCUAUAGUGUACAUAUCAAAGCACUCUGAUCACAACUCAGUAAGAAUUAACAUAAUUGGUGCAUUUUUAUUAAUUCAUCAAAGCAACGGAGUUACGUAUUAUCAAAUAUAUCUUGUAAUAAUAUUUUUGAACAUCUAUUAAAUGGAAUCUCGACUUACUUAUUUAUUGAUUUUUUAAAAAUUUAUUGAUUCAUAUUAAUGUAUUUUGAUUUUUUUUUACAAAAAAAAUAAAAUUUAACUAUUAAUUGCAUUUAACGUAUCAUAUGAAUAAGUAUUUAAAAAGACAAUAGCAUAUGGGAAAUUAUUUCGAACUUUCUGCACGAGUUGGUUCCCUCUCGCUGAAAAACCGAAGAGUCGCGCAAGGCUUGAGCUGCAUUAAACACCUAACUCAGAGCCCAAUGUAUUGCUUUGGGCCUAAAAUGUCCAAAGGAUAUUAUGUAUGAGUAAGGCUCAUUAAAGACUGAAAAAUCGGUGGAUCAAUUUAACCCUGAGGCCUCACGUGGCAGAGGACCCGGGCUCUUCACAGCGGAGAAAGCAAUAUGAAACAGAAUAUCUGAUCUCAAAUUCCCCACGAUUGCCCACCGCUUAUUUCCCAAGACCUUAACCAACAAAACCAGACCGCCUUUGCUUGCACCAGUUUCGUUCCUUGUAAUGGACCUGACCACCCCAAUCGAACCAUUGCAGCUCCUCUUCCUCCUGCUUGUGCAUAAACGUAGCACCCCUCCCACAACAAGGCAUCAUUCUCAGUAACAUGUCAAAGCCGCCUCAAUCAAUAAACAAUGCCCAGAACAACACCAAAUCCAACUUUUACCUUAACAAGCCUACUGCUACUCUCCCUGACAUAUUCCUGACUGCAAUUUCUCUCCUUUUCCUCUUCUCUUCACCUAAAGCCAACCAUACCUUUCUUCCAAAAUUCCUUCCAUUCCCUUCAAACCCACGCCGCUUUCUCAAAAUUCCCACUAUGUUCCACUCCAGGGUCCCCUUUGCAUCCCAACAAGCUCUCUCUGAUUGGCUCAAAUCCCGGUUACCUUCCGACUCGUUAGCCACCUGGGUAAAACCGGGAACCAAAAACGUCCACAACCUCUGGCUGGAACUCUCCGAAGGCGAGACAUCUCUCGUCGACUCCUUCCCUCCACUCCGUACAGUUAAUGUCGUUACGGUUCGUAUAAUCGGCAAAGACAACCUUAUCCUCAUCGAAUCUCGACAAGAAUUGUCGGAUGGUAGUGUCAGGGAUCGGUUUAGACCAUUGUCCGAGAAAAUGAAGCCCCAUGAAACCCCGGAAGAGGCCGUGACUCGUGCUGUAAGAGAGCUAGGUUCGGUUGUUGAUUCUGGGGUCGUGAGGAUUGUGCCAGGGUCUUAUCAAAAGAAACUGGAGGAGCGAAAUUCGGUGUCAUAUCCGGGUUUGCCGGCGCGUUAUGUUUUGCUUUCGGUGGACGCGUGGGUGGAAGGUUUGCCUGAGGAAGAUUUUUGUACUGAAGAAAAGGAAGAGUACGAGGAUACCGAUGGGACUAGGGGUUUGGAGAAAGCGGUGUCUGUAAGGAAGCAUUACUGGAAAUGGGUUAGUUCUGAUUCGAUUCAUUCUUGAAUUUCCACGAAUAGAUGCGGAAAUUUAGUUGAAUUAUUUGGAAGUUUUAAGGGUUUAUAGUUUUCUUCUUCUUUUUUUCUUCUUGUGGUUUGAAGCUUUUUUAGAUGCUACGGAUUUAAAGCACCUAUUUUUUUGUAGUAAUAAAGAAUAUUUGAACUUCGAUAUAUAACAAUAUACAUGAAAACGACAGAAUUGUACUUCAUUUUUGAGUUAAUUUUCAAAUGCAGAGCUUCAUGUGUUGUUUCUA